AGAUUUUAAAUUUGACAGACGUCAGAGUACUGAUUACAAAAUUAACCAAAAAUUUUCACAAAUCAGUGAAAAACUAAAAUUAUUUAACCAUGGCAACAAAAUCGCUCUUCUCCUUCUCGCGAUUGACAAAAAUUCGCGCUUUUUCAUCCUCGCAACGUAACUUCAACGUUGAUCGUGUGAUCUACAACAAGCCAUCAUCUGCUGGAACAUCUUCAUCAAGCUCAAACCCGAAUGUAACAGGAUUGAGCAGCAAUUGCAUUGCACCCUCUUCAGGACCAGUGGGUCCCGGUGCAUCAAAGGACAGCCCAAAGUACAAGAACCCAGAAUACUUCCUAUACAAUACUAUGAGUUACCAUGAGGCUGAGAUUGAGAUGUUAAAAUACAGAUGCCCACAGCCAUCAAAUAAGAAACCAUUCAAGCAGGGACAAAGUUAAAAUUCAGGUUCAGACUUUAACUUAAUUCAAAGUAGCAAAAGUACUCUGUGCAGGAGACAUAUGUGUACUAAUGUUGUAAAUAAAAAUAAAAUUAUGUGUAGUACUUGAA